GCACCUCCUCCCGGCGGCGCGGCAGAGGCGGCCGCUGCCUGGGCAGGGGCAGGGGGAGCUCCGCGGCGGGAAAUGGCGGCCGGGCCGGGCUGAGCUGAGGGGCCGGAGCCGCAUCAUGAGGCUGCUGCGCGCCCUGUUGCGCGGCGCCGCCCCGGGCAGCGCCUCCCUGGGCAACAUCCCGCAGCAGGUGGACUUCUACUCACGCUUCUCCCCCUCGCCGCUCUCCAUGAAGCAGUUUCUGGACUUCGGGUCUGAAAAUGCUUGUGAAAAGACUUCAUUUAUGUUUCUGAGACAAGAGCUGCCUGUGAGACUGGCAAACAUAAUGAAGGAAAUAAGCUUGCUUCCAGAUAACCUCCUAAGAACACCUUCAGUUCAGCUGGUGCAGAGCUGGUACGUCCAAAGUCUUCAGGAGAUUCUUGACUUUAAGGACAAAAGCUCAGAAGAUUCAGGCGCUGUUCACAGUUUUACAGAUACUGUGAUAAAAAUCCGAAAUCGACACAAUGAUGUAAUUCCUACAAUGGCUCAAGGAGUCAUAGAAUACAAGGAAAGCUUUGGCAUUGAUCCAGUGACCUCACAGAAUGUGCAGUAUUUCUUAGAUCGCUUCUACAUGAGUCGCAUUUCAAUCCGAAUGCUCCUUAAUCAACACUCUUUACUUUUUGGUGGGAAAAUUAAUCCUGCUCAUCCAAAGCACAUUGGAAGCAUUGAUCCUAACUGCAAUGUUGUUGAAGUUAUUAGAGAUGGCUAUGAAAAUGCCAAGAGACUUUGUGAUUUAUAUUACAUGAGUUCUCCAGAACUUAUCCUUGAAGAGUUGAAUGCUAAAUCACCGGGACAGCCCAUGCAAGUGGUAUAUGUGCCAUCACAUCUCUAUCACAUGAUUUUUGAACUUUUCAAGAAUGCAAUGAGAGCCACCAUGGAACAUCAUGCUGAUCGAUGCAUUUAUCCUGCAAUUCAUGUACACAUCACAUUGGGAGAUGAGGAUUUAACUGUGAAGAUGAGUGAUCGUGGUGGUGGUGUUCCUAUGAGGAAAAUUGAUAGACUGUUCAACUACAUGUAUUCAACAGCACCACGUCCUCGUGUUGAGACAUCACGUGCUACACCUUUGGCUGGAUUUGGUUAUGGCUUACCCAUAUCACGUCUGUAUGCACAGUACUUCCAAGGAGACCUGAAACUGUAUUCCUUAGAAGGCUAUGGUACAGAUGCAGUUAUUUACAUCAAGGCCUUAUCAACAGAGUCAAUUGAAAGACUACCUGUAUACAACAAAGCAGCCUGGAAACAUUAUAAAGCAAACCAUGAAGCAGAUGAUUGGUGUGUGCCAAGCAGUGAGCCAAAGGACAUGACCACUUUUCGCAGYAUGUAGCUUUUUCCUCAGCAGUUCAUAAGAAGUAGGUUUGUCUGUAAACGGAAUUUAAAAGACCUGAUUUAUACCAAGAUGUUGAGCCACUUUUGAUAUGUGAAAGUAAUUUUAAGUGGAGUAAACAAAGUUUAGUGUAGUUAGGCUUUUCUGAAAUUAAAAAAAAACAAUAGCCACCUAAACCCCCAAACCUGCACUUUUAAAGUGAGGUCAUACUUAAUUUGUUUCACUUUCUAUUUAUGAGUGCUUUGAGAGUUAAGUCAAAGGAGCAAUAUUUUGUUUUUUAUAGCGAUUCAAUGCAAUCUCUAUCACAUCUGGUACUAAUAUAAUUACAAAAUAGUUUUAUUAGAAAAAGUAUUGAAAAAGCUCACUGGAACAUUUUUGUUAUACAAUGCUACAGAUUAAUGAAAAACUUCUGUGAGAAAUAUCAAGCUCAUUGCUAUACCUUUGCAACUGUUUUCUGUUCUUUUAUCUUAAGCAUGCUGAAGCUUAAUUUUGCAAAGUUAGAUAUGUUGCCUACAUACACUGCCUAUAUCAAGGGUUUUUUUCAGCUGUAGGAAUCACAUCUCUGUAGGGAUAAAAAAACUAAAGCAUUUUAACUGCUACUACUGGUAUAAAGUAUCUCAGGUAUGUGGCAUUAGUCAUAUUUCAUUGGUUGUAAUGUGAAUAUAUAGUAGAUGUGAAAAACUUACCCUGCCCUGAUCAUUGUGAAUUAAAAAAUUGCAUUGGCUUGUGUAGAGUAAUGUUGUCUUGCAUUUGCCUGUAUUUCUGUAGGUUAUACCAAAAUAUAGUAUCAAUCUUCUAGCCCUCCUAAGAUCUCAAACUUGGAUAUGGUAUGUCAGUUACAGCUGUAAAUGGAAAUUAUUUUCAUAAACAGAUUUUUAAAAUUUGUCUGUAAUAGGGCACCUUUAUUACUUUGAUAAUAUCAACUACCUUCUCAGGAAUAAUUAAGACUAAGUGUAAUUAACAGUUUUUGAAAAUACCUUUGUAUUUGUGAGAGGCUUCUGGCCUUGUUUUUGUAGUAACUGGAAGCCACACUACAACAUAAAUGUGAUAACCAGAAUAUGUUAAUCAGUUAAAGACAAACUGUCAAAACAUACAGGGGAAGACAGAGAAGGGAAUGAGGAUUACAUUUCAGAUACGCAGUCCUCCUAAUAAAGAAUUCCAACUUAACACUUACUGUGCCAGUUUUGUUCAAAUCAUACACAUCUCUGUUGCACCUUGAUUGCUCUCAUUCCUAACAUUUUAGGAGUGAUGCAGUUAAAGCCAUUGAGAACUAAUCCUUUUCUAGAUAAUUAAACUGCAGGUAAUUCUUUGGUUUUUGUUCUGCAGCAGACAAUCCUUCUCAGAAACAGUAAGCCUAGAUUUUGCACACAGCAGGUGAGAUACCACAAGUGAAGGGAAUAGGUGGUAUGUCAGAAAUGGAAGUCAUGCUACUCUAGCUGUAGCUGAGCCAGAUUCAAGAUUCAUCACCUGCUACUUCCCUAGCCAAGUUCUGCAAAACAAUUAAAAUGGUUUUAUAUUGUGGUCAAGCUAAUGUGGAUCACUUUAAUAGAAGUGAAUUACAGACUGGGCUGUAAUUAAACKGACAGUCUGAGGGAGGAUUAUUGUAGCUUAAUCACCACCAGAACAGUAGGGUUACCUAUUCCACUCAAGCUUGUGGGUGCCUUGAGGCCCCUCUUUUCCUUCCUUACAACGAUGUGAGGUGGUGACUGGCACACAUUUCAGUCUGCAUGGCUACAAAUGAGGAGAGUUGAGAGCUCUUCUCUUCUUUGGCCCUGCAAGAAGAUGUGAGAAAUGCCAUAGUGUAAAAUGGGGCCUGUACAAAUAUUGGAAGGGACACAUGCAGCUCUUGCUUUUGCUGAAUUAAAGCUGAAAGUUACAGCAAGGGCUUCUAAAAACUCAGGUUUGAAGGUGAUCAUUCUAGGCUUUAAAUCUUUUAACUAACUCAACUGAAUUAUUUUAGUAACAUUUGACAACCACUGUUGUCAAAGCAAUGUCUCUGAAGAAAAGCUAAUCUAAAUCAUUAACUGUUUUAGAUAUUGAAAUAAAGCCUCUUUCAUGUUCUUAGCUAACUACCAACCGAAUUCUGAUUAUUAGAACAACUGGCUGUACAAUUGUAUUUUUCUCUUCACCUGCCAUCYCCAAUGAUUGUGGUGAAAACACUAUUGUGUAAUAUUUUGAUUUACAAUACUUAAUCAUAGUUACAAAUUUGAUUUUUGAUAACUCUGGCUUAAAUAAAAGUGCAGAAGACAACUUUUGUAGUUAUUUUCAUUACCAUACUGAARUCAUUGCUAGCACACUGGUUAAGAUGAAGUGAAUCACUAUAGAAAAGUUGUAUACUGUCAAAAUGCUGAGAUUAAUUGUUUUGUGUGCAAA